AUGCACCAAGGUAACCAAACUACUAUCUCUGAAUUCUUCCUUCUGGGACUCACGGUGGGGUCUGAACAGGAGCAGCUGCUUUUUAUGCUAUUUCUGUGCAUGUAUAUGGUCACCAUGUUGGGAAACUUACUUAUUAUCCUGGCUAUCAGCAGUGACCCUCACCUCCACAGUCCCAUGUACUUCUUCCUUGCCAAUCUAUCCUUUGCUUACAUGUGCUUCACAAUCACCACAGUCCCCAAAAUGUUGGCAGACAUCCAAAGCCAGACUCCAGCUAUCUCCUUUGCAGGAUGCCUUACACAAAUGUAUUUUUUCAUGUUGCUGGUGGACCUGGACAAUUUCCUCCUGGCAGCUAUGGCAUAUGACCGAUACAUUGCUGUCCGUCAACCAUUACACAACACUACGUUACUGAGUCCCAAGGGCUGUGCCAUCUUGGUAGUGACUCCACCGGUCGUCUCCAAUUUUGUCUCAGUACUGCAUCUCAGUAUGCUAAGCCACUUGACUUUCUGUGACCAGAGAGCAAUUCUACACUCCUUCUGUGACCUGGAACCCAUUUUAAGACUUGCUUGCUCAGACACCUAUGUCAAUGACUUAUUGAUCCUAGUUAUUGGUGGAGCAGUCAUCUUCAUCCCCUUUACCUUCAUUCUUGUCUCCUAUGCCCUUAUUGGCAGCACCAUGUUUGGGGAUCCAUCAGUCAAGGGAAAAUGGAAAACAUUCUCUACUUGUGGCUCCCAUCUCACAGCUGUGUUCCUUUUCUAUGGAUCCAUCAUUGGGGUUUACUUUCUCCCCUCUUCUGCCUACUCAGCAGAAAGGAAUAAGGUGGCUGCCAUCAUGUAUACAAUCGUAACUUCCAUGAUGAACCCCUUCAUCUAUAGUCUAAGGAACAGGGACAUGAAAGGAGCAUUGAGGAAACUGCUUAGCAGGAAAAGCUUUUCCUGGAGAAGGUUUAAGCCGUUUUUUCCAUUCCAAACCUCGCAAGGAUUCUAAGAAGACGAAGACGAGCAUAUCCAUAUACAACAAUGGGCACUUACUGAAGGCUGCCUUAAAGUUACAUUGUUAGAAUGUAGCAGGUUACUCAUUUUUGGAUCCUAUGACAGAGAAGCAAAUAUUCACUGCACACUUGAGUUAAGCAGUGGUGUUUGGGAAGAAAAACAAAGAAAUUCCAUUAAGAUGGUUGAAUUAGUAAAGGGGAAUUUACAAAGUGUUGGACUUACACUUCGUCUUGUCCAGUCAACUGAUGGGUAUGCUGGGCAUGUCAUAAUUGAAACUGUGGCCCCAAACUCACCUGCUGCAAUUGCAGAUCUUCAGCGGGGAGAUAGACUGAUUGCUUUUGGAGGUGUGAAGAUCACAUCCACACUCCAAGUGCUGAAGCUUAUCAAACAGGCUGGUGACCGAGUCCUGGUGUAUUAUGAAAGGCCUGUUGGCCAGAGUAGUCAAGGUGUGGUGCUGCAAGAUAAUUUUGGACAGUUGGAGGAAAACUUUCUCUCAAGUUCAGGCCAACCAAAUUAUGAAGAGGAAGCAGCUGGGUUGGCAGUGGAUGCUGAAAAUAGAGACCUGGAUUCUGAAUUUGAAGACUUGGCAAGUGAUGUCAGAGCACCAAAUGAGUUCCAAGAUGACGCACAAUCACUGAGUCACGGUCCUAAAUGUACUCCAACAGCACUUCCUGUUAAACCCCUUGGAACUAUAUUACCAGUUUUAAACCAUAAAUUAGUUGUAGGAAGUCACCCACCACUACCAAAACUUCCAUCCAAAGAAGGAAAUAAACCCAUAGCCCUAAAAACUUCUGAGACAACAGACCCAGCACAGGUGUCAAAACCCACCCAAGGAUCUACUUUCAAACCCCCUGUGCCACCACGACCCCAAGUGAAACUUCCUUUGCCUUCUGUUAAUGCCCCAAAUCAGGUAGAACCAGAUGCUCUUGUUGAAAAGCCAGAGAAGGUGCUGCCUCUUCUUCCUGCAGAUAAAGCGGCUGAGAAGCAAGCAAAAAAUGUGGAUCACAUAGAAGAUGCAAGUGCAUCUAAGCAGUUUUUAGUAAAGCAAGAAGUGGCUAAGGAUUUUACUUCAGAAAGUCCCUGCCCUACUAAGGACAAUUCAGAUGACCCUCAAACGUGGGAAUCAUCAGAAAUUCCUUAUCGUAAUAAGCUAGGAAAAUGGACAAGAACCAGAGCAACCUGUGUCUUUGACAUAGAAACCUGCCACAGGUACUUAAAUGUUGCACUGUGGUGCAGGGAUCCUUUCAAGUUGGGGGGCCUCAUCUGUUUGGGGCAUGUUAGUUUAAAACUUGAAGAGGUGGCUUUGGGAUGCUUAGCUACAUCAAAUAUGGAAUACCUUUCAAAAUUCAGAUUGGAAGCCCCGUCACCUAUGGCAAUGGUCACUAGAACUGCCCUAUGCAAUCUGAGUAUACAGAAGGGAUUCAAUGACAAAUUUUGCUUUGGUGACAUUACUAUUCACUUCAAGUAUUUGAAAGAAGGAGAACCAGACCACCAUAUAGUUACUAACUUAGAGAAAGAAAAAGAACUUCAUUUGGUGGAAGAGGUUUCUGUCCUACCUAAAGAGGAGCAUUUUGUUGGACAGGUGGGUUUAACAGAAAAUAAACAUAGUUUCCAGGAUACUCAGUCCCAGAACCCAACUUGGUGUGAUUACUGUAAGAAAAAAGUUUGGACUAAGGCUGCUUCCCAGUGAUUGUUUUGUGCUUAUGUUUGCGGUAAAAAAUGUCAGGAAAAGUGUCUAGCCGAGACUCCUCUUUGUGGAGCAGCUGAUAAGUGAAUGGACCGAACCCUGAAAAACCUCCGGCUGGAAGGACAGGAAACCCUCUUAGGCUUGCCUUCUCGAGUUGAUGCCUAUGCUAGCAAGUCAGUCAAUAAAACAACAGGUUUGACAAGGCACAUUAUCAACACUAGCUCUCGUUUGUUAAAUUUGCGUCAAGUCUCUAAAACUCGCCUUGCUGAACCAGGAACUGACCUAGUAGAACCUUCACCAAAACACACACCCAACACGUCAGACAAUGAAGGCAGUGACACAGAGGUGUGUGGUCCAAACAGUCCUUCUAAACGGGGAAACAACACAGGAACAAAGUUAGUAAGAAAGAAGGGUGGUGUGGAUGACAGUGUCUUCAUUGCAGUUAAAGAAAUUGGUCGUGAUCUGUGUAGGGGCUUGCCUACUGAGGAAAGAAUCCAGAAAUUAGAGUUUAUGUUGGAUAAACUACAAAAUGAAAUUGAUCAGGAGUUGGAACAUAAUAAUUCCCUUGUUAGAGAAGAGAAAGAGACAAAUGAUACAAGGAAAAAAUCACUUCUUUCUGCUGCUUUGGCUAAAUCAGGUGAAAGACUGCAAGCUCUAACACUUCUUAGGAUCCACUACAGAGCAGGCAUUGACAAUAUCGAAUCUCUAGAAUCUUUGUCUUUAGACCAGCACUCUAAAAAAGUAAUCAAGUACACAGAUGAUACAGAAGAAGACCUUGACAAUGAAAUAACCCAACUAAUAGACUCUCAGCCAUUCAGCAGCAUGUCAGACGACUUGUUUGGCCCAUCUGAAUCUGUGUAACAGGCAGUUUGUUUAAGCUUUGAAGUGAUUGGGGAAAAGUUGAAUCUAAAAUACCACAGAUACAACCACGUUUAAACUCUCUUCUGAUGUACUUUGACCUGCUUCUCCAGUUAUUUGCUUGUGUAAGAAUAAGAAUGAAAGAGGUUUUCUGGCAAAAACAUGACCAGCUCACUAAACUGAUUGUUUCAGAAUGCAUUUAUAGCUAUGCUUUUUGGGUUUCUACUGGGAAUUUAUUUUUACUAAUUUAUUUUUAACUUUUUUCUAACUAUGUAAGCUAACAUUUCAUGUUUAUGUAUGUGUGGUGUCUCAUUGUGUUAUUUUCUUUCCUCUUAGUUUUUGAAUUAGUGUUAACUAGGAUACAGGCAUUCCCCGGCUUAAAAACAUCCAGUUUACAUGCAACCCGUGGUUAUGAACCAACCCUGUAAAGCCCAUUAUAUUAAAAAUUCGAGGUACCUACAAUGGUUCAUAAUAACAAAUGGGUGCUACUUUGCAACGCACAUCAAAACAUUAUUAUUAUUACUGUGUUACAAUGUUAAAGAUAUUUUAGUGUAUCCAGAAGUGUUUCUUUAAUGUUUUUUAUGCAUAGAAAGGUACACUAUAUACGAUAUACUAAGACAAACAUUUGACUAAGUGACGUUAGAUACGAAGGGUACCUAACUGUUCCCACUUACAUACAAAUUCGACUUAGAGACAGACUUAGGAAAGGAAAUCGUUCGUAAUCCGGGAACUGCCUGUACUGUCCAGAUUCUUGAAAUAGUUUCACUUCCAUCACAGUUCUAACUACAGAUUUGCUGCAUGCCCAGAUUGACAACAGCAAUCACUGAGCGAACAGGUGUUGAAUUUUUCUUUUGUGUUGUUACAAAGUUUGUCAUCCUUACUUCCUUGGGACUUUUGUUACUUUGGGUUUUUUGGGUGCUUUUUGUUUUGUUUUUGCCAAAUGUAAUAUGAAAGCAGAUAUUGCAGCUUUAGUCUGUUAUGCUGAUUUAGUAAAA